AUGAAUCCCCUAGCAUCUCCUCCGGAGCUAACGCCCCUGGAGCAAGAGGUCCUGGAAGAAUAUGAGCGUCUCGCCGAGAACAUGAAAAAGCUCGCCUUCCUAUUAGACGAUCUAGCUGAUAGACCUAGCACGGAAAUCCUAGACGGCCUGAGGGAUCUGGAGAGGAAGACGAGUUUGGUGUUUACGUUGUUGAAGGCGAGCGUUUACAGUAUUGUGCUGCAGCAGGAGAUUGAUUGGGGUGAUGGUGCUGCGGGGAAUCAGGGGCAGGGAGGCGAGGAGUACUGA